UUGUUUAGUCCGGACAAGUUACGAUGGUACAUCAUGCUGUGGCCGGUCAAGAAAAGAAGGUGUGUAGCCUGCCAGUCACCGCAGAGAGACAUUUGAAAGCAGAUGACUCAGAGGUUCUACUGUUCUCGGACCAUGAUCGAAAAGCCAUGAACCAGAUCGUCUUUCAACAUGAUAGCGUGCUAUCAGAUGUCCACAUGUUCCUACCCAAUGCCCGCCACCGAAUGACACGCCUUAACAAUGUGGGACAGCCAGUUUUCAUCUCCAAAUUCAAGUUUUUGUCCAAUGCGGAAAAGCAGGGGAGGAACGAUGAGGCCAAAAGGGAAAACAGUGACAGCGAAACACAUCUUCCACGAGCAAAAGAUGACGAGGAGGGUAGUGACAGAAACGAAGAACCAGCUUUGGAUGAGGACGGAGAUCUCGACGUCGUACAUCGACCGAGGAAUAAUCCCACAGAGGAGCGCAGCAGGGAAGUCGUCUGCCCUGUCAUUCUCAAACAAUCACAGAAUGCCACACUACAAGAUGAAGAAAAUACUGACGAUGGAGCAGAUGAGUGCUUUGAUGAUGUCAUACGGAUCGAACAUACGAUGGCAACACCCUUGGAGGAUGUUGGCAAACAGGUUUGGAGAGGAGCGUUAGUCUUGGCUGACUUCAUCCUCUCAAAGCCACUCAUGUUCAAAGGGGCAACAGUUGUGGAACUAGGAGCUGGUUCCGGUUUAACCAGCAUCAUCAUGGCUACUUUAGCCAAACGAGUGUACUGCACAGAUGUCGGAGAGGACCUUCUAGGCAUGUGCCAGAGGAAUAUAACUUUAAAUGAACACAUGAUUGAGCGUGCCGGUGGUGACGUGAAAGUAAGACUGUUGGAUUGGCUCCGUUCUGACCUUUGUACAGAUCCUGAUGUGGAGUUUAGCUGGACAGAGGAGGAGGUUGCUGAUAUACACGACAAUGCCAGCAUCAUUCUUGCUGCUGAUGUCUGCUAUGAUGAUGAGCUGACAGAUGGCUUCUUUCGAACCCUCUACCGACUGUGCAAUAACUUUGCUCAUGCCUGCAACAUCUUUAUUUCCAUUGAAAAAAGGUUCAACUUCACCCUGCGACAAAUGGAUGUAUCCUGUGACGCCUACAAUCAUUUUCAACACUGCCUGUCCCAGCUCGAGGACGUGGAGGAUGGACAGUGCAGCUACGCAGUAGAACAGCUCCCUUGUACGUUCCCACAGUUUCUGCAGUACGAACGCAUUGAUCAUCUGGAGCUAUGGAAGGUGACUGCCAAGAGAGUUCCGUUUGACCAAGCCCAGCCCAGGUCUGAGCAGGCUACAUCUUGACAUGCUGUCUUCAUCACCAUCCACCAACCUAUUCCCUACCAAGAACUUCUCAAAUCUCUACGUUUCAGUUUCCUGUUGGGUAUGUGUCCCUGGAAAGCGAUUACAAUUAUGAUAAUACGGUUGUCCUCAGCGUUUGAGGGUUUGUAGUUCUGAACCAAUUUUGCUCACAUUCAAGUGUGCAAGUCAAGCAUUGGAGUAAAGGAAAGGAUUUUUUUUGGAUUGUUUUAUAUUUAUGGGUUAGAAGUGUUCUUCGACAUAUAGUUAUUGUAAUUAUGACGUUAGAACUGCGAGUUUGCAUAGUCUACUGAGAGAAAUAUGCGUGCUUUCUUAAGUACAAAUUGUGUCGUCCUAACGGAACUCGUAAUUCAAGGCUCCCAUGUAAAUUGAAACGUGAAAAAAAUGAUAGAAACCAUUUGAUGUCUGGGUGGAUAGAUUAACAAAAAUUGAAUAGUUUAGACAGGGAAAGUAAAAGCUGUUGAGCAAGGGCGAAUCCGCUUCAAAUUGGGGGUGUAACUGUUCAAAGUUAACCAAACACAUUCAAACUCAGGUUAAUGAGUGGCAGGUGUGUGUGUGUUUAUUCCCAUGUAGCACAAGUUUGAAUGUGAUUUAUUAAUUUGAAAAACAGCCAAAUCUUCAGUUAUAAAACAGUCUGCACACACCUCUGCAAUACUGGCUCAGUUGUUUAUUUUUACUUCCCCUCUCUAAAAUACUGACUUAUUAAAAGUGGAAAUUAUUUUUGUUCUCCUUCCACCGAGCAUUUGAACAGGGGUGUGUAUACUUUUUAGAUCCACUCUAAUGACAGCAUGAGUACUUUCAAACUAUUCAUUUUAGAACAGAAUCAAUCUGAUUAGACGAUUGUACAAGCACACUUAUAUUUACAAGCUUAAGUGAAAUUACCACAAACACUAUCCGGGGUCUUCAGAAAUUGAAAGAGAAUUGUUUCUGACAGGGUAUUAAUUGGGUAGCAUGGAGUGAAGAAAGAAUUUUACGAUCUGUGAAUUAAACAUGUUCUAUUCUUCACGGUCAAAGAAUGAAAUGUGGGGCAAAACAUUUUGGGAAAUGAAUUCCUUUUCAGACUUGGGUGUUUGUCAGGUCGAAGAUUUAAUCAGAGCCUGAAGACCAACUUUAAAAAACAUCAGAGAGACUAAGAGG